AUGGCAGGUCUUACCAUCAACUCGCAAUAUGCCAUGCUAUCAGGGUAUAAAAUCCCCGUUCUUGGAUAUGGCGUAUAUCAAACACCAGCAGACGUUGCGUCUGAAGUAGUUCAGCAUGCAAUCAAGGUCGGCUAUCGCCACGUGGACUCCGCGGUAGCCUACCGGAAUGAGCAACCAUCCGCGGAAGGGAUGAAGAAGUCAGGAAUACCGAGAGAGGAGCUAUUUUUUACAACGAAGAUACCCCCAAAAGACAUGAGCUACGAAAACUCGAAACAACACAUCGACAAUACACUCAAUAUCACCGGUUUUGAUUACGUGGAUCUCUACCUCCUACAUAGUCCCUACGGCGGUAAAGAGAACCGACUUGGGGCCUGGAAAGCGCUCGUUGAGGGUGUGCAAGACGGUAAGAUUCGAUCAAUCGGUGUAUCGAACUACGGUGUGCACCAUCUGGACGAACUGGAAGCGUGGAUCAAAGAGACUGAAGCCAGAGAGGGCAAGGGUAAGGGUGGAGUUAUCAGCAUCAAUCAGAUCGAGCUUCACCCCUGGCUUGCGCGUCCAGACAUUGUCAACUGGUGCAAGCAACGGGGUGUGCUGUGUGAAGCAUACUGUCCGCUCGUUCGUGCGACGAGGAAUGAAGACCCUCUACUGAAACCGCUUGCGGAGAAAUAUAAAAAGACGCCGUCACAAGUACUGUUGAGAUGGAGUUUACAAAUGGGAUUCGUACCACUGCCCAAAUCGGUUACCAAGUCCCGUAUCGAGGAGAAUGCUCAAAUCUAUGACUUCGAACUAUCAGCUGAGGACAUGAAGAGUUUAGAUACUGGGGUUUAUGAAGUCUGUGCAUGGGACCCCACAGUCAGCCGUGAUUAA